UUUUGGUCGUCGCAAGAUGAGGUCGACUAUAUCGCAUCUGGCUUUAUUAUUCUGAUUGCAAUUUUAUUAAUGGACCAAUGCCCGUGUGAACGGAUCCACGGCCAUCUUCGAAUCACUUCGUAUUACAAUCCACUUGCUAAUUUGCCCAAUGUGCCCAUCAAUAAAAUUGGCAUGUUGGAGUCGAAAUUGAUUUACGUCCUCGCGAAAUUCCUUAACUUCACAUACGAAAUUUCCGUUCCCACGGACGUUCAUCAGUUGGGCUCACAUGACGAAACGAAAGGCAACGGUUCGUGGACUGGAUUGCUGGGCCAAUUUCUUCGCGAUAUUUUGAGAAAAGUGGGAAGGCUAUACCCUCCCCAUAAAACAAUAAUUCACGCUGAAGUCUAG